AUGUGUCUCCGUGGGACUCUCGCGCUCCUGCUGUUCUUCGCAUGUCUUUCACAGCUCAUCUUCACUGCGGAAAGCAUCAAGGGAACGAGGAGGAAAGGAAGGAGGCAGGAGAGUCGAGGUGAUAAUAACAUUUCCGUACAAAAAGGAAAGUUCACAACCAAGGACAAGGCGCAGUGUUCGUGGGUGGCACGCGGAGAGGACAAGUACACCAUGACUGUUACAUGCAAGCCUGGAAACGGGAAUGGAUUCACCUGUAAAUAUACUGCCAAGCCAUCGACGUGCACCGAAUAUGGGUCUAAUCCCGAGGGCUAUUGGAAACAGAUCGCCAGAUCAGUUAAAAAAAUGAAAAAACUUUGCGCGGAUCCGCGCGCAUUGAUCCGAGCGGGUAUGUGUAAACGCGCGCCGAUGGAUGCGCAUUUCAAACUCUCCGAAACGUCACAAGCUAAACCCCCGAAGACAGAGAAGACGCCUACAGCCACGAACACAACGCCUCCGGACACUAAGCUAAAGUGCACGGAGCACAUUGACCACAGCGCGGUAGCUAAAGAGAAGUGCGGAGAUUCCUGGGCGAGUCUCUGCACGUUUCUCUUCACUGUAAUCCAGAGCGGAGACUGCUAAGCGCGCGCGCUUUACUUGACGUGUAUGUAUGCGUUUGUGGGUACUGUUAU